AUGACGAGCAAUGAGAGACCUAGAUUGUUUCUCCGUGAUCUUCUAUUUCGUAUAGAGAAUUCUGCGUUUAUGGAGAGUUCGAGCUCACUGAUGCUAGGCGAGAAGCUGUGCGCGGUGUUCAAACCACUGAUUGCCCUCGUUGAGGCUUUCAUCUUCAGCUUAGUUGGUUGCUUCGAUCGACAACGGCCUCAUCAGCGCCUCUCCUACACUUACGACGAAAUCGUUCGCCUUGCUGCCAGCUCUCCAUUUACUGUAAAUGAGGUGGAAGCGUUGCGCGAAUUGUUCAACCAGUUGAGUAGUUCGAUUCUUGAUGAUGGCUUAAUUCACAAGGAGGAGCUCAGGUUGGCGCUAUUCAAAACUCCAGCAGGUGAAAAUCUUUUCCUGGAUAGGGUGUUUGAUGUUUUCGACGAAAAGAAAAAUGGCGUGAUUGAAUUCGAGGGGUUUGUCCAUGCGCUUAGUGUUUUUCAUCCAUGUGCUCCUCUUGAAGACAAGAUUGAUUUCGCAUUUAGGUUGUAUGAUUUGAGACAAAGUGGAUAUAUUGAGCGGGAAGAAGUCAGGCAAAUGGUAGUUGCCACUUUGUUGGAAUCUGGCAUACAUGUGCCAGAUGAAACUCUUGAAGCUAUCGUCAAUAAGACAUUUGCAGAUGCUGAUUCUGACAAGGAUGAUAAAAUUAGCAAAGACGAAUGGAAAGCUUUUGCUCUUCAACACCCAACACUUCUAAAGAACAUGACGCUUCCACAUUUAAAGUUCCCUCACUUCAACUGGCUUGGGAUUGAGAAAGAGAAAAGCAACCCCAACCUCAACCUCAUCAAGAACCUCGUUUGA